UUACUGGACUUAGGUUCGUCAGCCAAUUACAGAGACGAAAAAGGGAUCACCCCCCUCUACAUGGCAGUUUUCCACGUAGCUUCCGCCAGGUGCGUUGAGAUGCUCUUGUUCGAUCACUCUAUCGUUGGGAUUGUGGAUGAAUACGGAUGGACUGAACUGCAUCACGUGAGGAUGAAUGAAUGA